UCUACAAGAAUGCAGCUCUGCGGCCAUCACAACUGAGUGCAGCACUUUCCAACCGGAAACCAUGACCACUUUCACCGGAAGUGAGGAACAUCCAAUACUGUUGUUGCCCGAGAGCUGCGAUAAUGGCGGUGUCUCGUCGUUCGUCGCAGCAGCAACAGCAGCAGAAUACUCUACAGUCCCCGCCACGAAACGGCUCUCUCUCGGUCGGCCCUCCGAGCUCUCCGCCGAUGGCUCUGUUGACAUCGGCUGUCGUUCCUCCGGAGGGUGAGCGGGAAUGCAGCGGGGGGACGGAGAUCGCUUUGGCCUCCCCCGACCUGCCAGCCCCGGUCCUGGCGAGCAGUGCGAGCUCAACCACAACAACCUCCGGCGGGGGCAGCAGCGUCUCCAGCCCGGGCUCGGGAGCCCCGAGUCCUACCGACGUUAGCGGUGGCAUCGGCGGGGCGUUCAGGGAGUUAUUUGAGGCCUGCCGCAACGGGGACGUUUCCAGGGUGAAGAGGCUCGUCGAUUCUGUAAACGUUAACGCGAAGGACAUGGCCGGCCGAAAAUCCACCCCCCUUCACUUCGCUGCGGGUUUUGGCAGAAAAGAUGUGGUCGAACAUCUGUUGCAGACAGGAGCCAAUGUGCACGCCAGGGAUGACGGUGGCCUCAUCCCCCUGCAUAAUGCUUGCUCCUUUGGCCAUGCUGAGGUGGUCAGUCUCCUCCUCUGUCAGGGUGCAGACCCCAAUGCCCGAGAUAACUGGAACUACACUCCAUUACAUGAAGCUGCCAUCAAGGGCAAGAUAGAUGUGUGCAUUGUUUUACUCCAGCAUGGGGCAGAUCCUAACAUUCGUAACACUGAUGGCAAGUCUGCUCUGGAUCUGGCUGACCCCUCUGCCAAGGCUGUGCUCACAGGUGAAUAUAAGAAAGAUGAACUCCUGGAAGCAGCAAGAAGUGGAAAUGAAGAGAAACUGAUGGCCCUGCUGACUCCAUUAAAUGUCAACUGUCAUGCCAGCGACGGUCGCAAGUCAACCUCCCAAAAAAUGCUGUCCACCCCCCUGCACUUGGCCGCCGGCUACAACCGUGUCCGUAUCGUUCAGCUCCUCCUCCAGCAUGGAGCGGAUGUCCAUGCUAAGGACAAAGGUGGCCUGGUUCCCCUUCACAAUGCUUGCUCCUAUGGUCAUUUUGAGGUGACAGAGCUCCUGCUCAAACAUGGUGCUUGUGUGAAUGCCAUGGACCUGUGGCAGUUCACCCCACUCCAUGAAGCAGCAUCUAAGAACCGUGUGGAGGUAUGCUCCUUACUGCUGAGCCAUGGGGCUGACCCCACCCUGCUCAACUGUCACAGCAAGAGUGCUGUGGACAUGGCCCCCACCCCAGAGCUCAAGGAGAGACUCACCUAUGAGUUCAAAGGUCACUCGCUGCUGCAGGCAGCCCGAGAGGCGGAUGUGGCCAAAGUAAAGAAGACCCUGGCACUGGAGAUCAUCAGCUUCAAACACCCCCAGACCAACGAAACAGCUCUGCACUGUGCUGUAGCCUCCCCCCAUCCCAAACGCAAGCAGGUGACUGAACUGCUGCUACGCAAAGGAGCCAACAUCAAUGAAAAGAACAAAGACUUCAUGACUCCUCUGCAUGUUGCCGCGGAGAGAGCUCACAACGAUAUCCUGGAGGUCUUGCAGAAACACGGAGCCAAGGUGAAUGCUGUGGACACACUGGGCCAGACAGCCCUGCACAGGGCAGCACUGGCAGGCCAUAUCCAGACCUGCAGGCUGCUGUUGAGCUAUGGAGCUGACCCGUCCAUCGUGUCCCUACAAGGUUUCACAGCUGCACAGAUGGGCAAUGAGGCAGUGCAGCAGAUUCUCAAUGAAAAUGUGCCCACCCGUAACUCUGACGUAGACUACCGGUUCCUUGAAGCAGCCAAAGCAGGGGAUCUGGACACUGUGCAGCAACUGUGUACCCCGCAAAAUGUGAACUGCCGUGACUUGGAGGGCCGCCAUUCCACCCCACUUCACUUUGCUGCAGGUUACAACCGAGUGGCUGUGGUGGAGUACCUGCUACACCACGGAGCUGAUGUCCACGCUAAAGACAAGGGCGGCCUGGUGCCUCUCCACAAUGCCUGUUCCUACGGUCACUAUGAAGUGGCAGAGCUACUGGUUCGACACGGAGCUUCAGUCAAUGUAGCCGAUCUGUGGAAGUUCACCCCACUCCACGAGGCUGCAGCAAAGGGCAAAUAUGAAAUCUGCAAAUUGCUACUCAAGCACGGAGCAGACCCAACCAAGAAGAACCGUGAUGGCAACAUGCCGCUGGACAUGGUGAAAGAUGGAGACACAGACAUCCAGGACCUGCUGAGGGGGGAUGCUGCCCUUUUGGAUGCUGCCAAAAAAGGCUGCCUUGCCCGCGUCCAGAAGCUCUGCUCCCCAGAGAACAUCAACUGCAGAGACACCCAGGGGCGUAACUCCACACCACUUCACCUUGCCGCUGGCUAUAAUAAUCUGGAGGUGGCUGAGUAUCUGCUGGAGCAUGGGGCUGAUGUCAACGCCCAGGACAAGGGAGGCCUCAUUCCUCUUCAUAAUGCUGCCUCAUAUGGGCAUGUUGACAUUGCAGCCCUGUUGAUCAAGUACAACACCUGUGUGAAUGCUACAGACAAAUGGGCAUUCACACCUCUACAUGAGGCUGCUCAGAAGGGCCGUACCCAGCUAUGUGCCCUGCUGCUUGCCCACGGAGCUGACCCCACCAUGAAAAACCAGGAGGGCCAGACUGCUCUAGACUUGGCCACGGCUGAUGACAUCCGUGCCCUGCUGAUGGAUGCCAUGCCACCCGAUGCCCUGCCCAGCUGCUUCAAGCCCCAGGCCACGGUGGUCAGUGCCUCCAUAAUCUCCCCAGCCUCCACACCCUCCUGCCUGUCCGCCGCCAGCAGCAUAGACAACCUAGCUGGCCCACUCACUGACCUGGCUGCGGCCGCCACUGCCGGUGCCUCGGGAGUGGCAGAUGGAGCCACAGCAGCUGACAGGAAGGAAGGGGAAAUGGCAAUGCUGGACAUGAACAUCACUCAGUUCCUCAAGAGUCUGGGUCUGGAGCACCUCAGGGACAUCUUUGAAAGGGAACAGAUUACGCUGGAUGUGCUUGCUGAUAUGGGCCAUGAAGAGCUGAAAGAAAUUGGGAUUAAUGCCUACGGCCACCGCCACAAGCUCAUCAAGGGUGUUGAGAGGCUGCUGGGAGGCCAACAAGGUGCCAACCCAUAUCUGACAUUCCACUGUGCCAACCAGGGCACAGUUCUCAUCGACCUUGCCCCUGAUGACAAGGAGUGCCAAUCUGUGGAAGAGGAGAUGCAGAGCACCAUCCGAGAACACAGGGAUGGAGGCAACGCUGGAGGAGUGUUUAGUCGAUACAACAUCAUCAAGAUCCAAAAAGUAGUGAACAAGAAGCUGAGGGAGCGUUACACCCACCGGCAGAAAGAGAUUGCAGAUGAAAACCACAACCACCAUAAUGAGCGCAUGCUCUUCCAUGGUUCUCCCUUCAUAAACGCCAUCAUCCACAAAGGCUUUGAUGAGCGCCAUGCCUAUAUUGGAGGAAUGUUUGGAGCAGGGAUUUACUUUGCUGAGAACUCCUCUAAAAGCAACCAGUAUGUGUAUGGCAUUGGAGGUGGCACUGGCUGCCCCACACACAAAGAUCGCUCCUGCUAUCUGUGCCACAGACAAAUGCUGUUUUGCCGCGUGACACUGGGGAAGUCCUUCCUACAGUUCAGUGCCAUGAAGAUGGCUCACGCCCCACCAGGCCACCACUCAGUGAUUGGCCGGCCCAGUGUCAAUGGCCUGGCCUACGCUGAGUAUGUCAUCUACAGAGGAGAGCAGGCCUACCCGGAGUACCUCAUCACCUACCAGAUCCUUAAGCCUGAAAGCACAGCUCAGUCUGCUGCAGGAGCUGAGCAGAAGUCCUAGUUACAUACACAUGCGCACACAUACACCAGGACUUUCUGCUUGUUAUUUGCUCGUUAUUUUUUCCUUUUUAUCGUAAGUGGCUAAAAACAACUUUCCUUUUUAUUUACAUCACUGAAUUCCAUUCUCUCGUACCACAGAAUUACAUGACUGAUGGAUCAUAAGGAAAUACACUGUUUUAAUAAUCUCCUACUCGUGGUGAAAACAUUGUCAAUUUCCACUUCUUUUUUUUUUCCAUUGGCUGCAUGUAAUACACAGACGCAUGUACAGCCCAAUAGCGUGCGUGGGUUGUUUUACUGUCUCCUCCCUUCCUGGCUCGAGGAAGUAAUGCUUUUGUAGAGACUAUGCAGUUGGAGCAUUUUUUUAAGUUUGCCACUUGUCAUCACCUCAUCAUGCCUUGUGACUAUGGAGAAUCACCUCCCCUUCACUCUGUCAGCCAAAGCCAGUAACCUAUGUACCAGUGCUACUAAGACCACCUCUGCCCCAGCAUCUGUUUCAUCCUGUAUAGAAUGGCCUCUGGUGACUGUGAUUUUAAUGCUAAGCAUAACACUACCAAACAGGUAACAGUGUAUUUUUGCUAUAUUGUAAUUAUAACCUUUCACUUGACUCUGACACAUUGCCACAGAACACUAUGAACAUUUGUGUUUUUAGUUGUUUUAUUCAGAGGUGUACAUGCUGAGUUUAGAAAGGGUUCACUAUUGAACCAUAGGAUUUGAGGAAGACAUGCAUUUACCUACUCAGACAUUCUCUUAUCAAGUUGGACGAGAGAGGCUAUGAACCCGGUAACACUUUACUUGACGUACAUUGUGAGGCAACACAAUUAGAUGGGAAUACAUGUGGGUGACAAUUUUCUACAUUAUAAAUUGCAUCAGUGAUGUAUUAUGCCAUCUAUUGUAAUUUGUUAUGACUGCUUUAAGAAUUAAGAGCUAGUUGGCAAGAUGGCAUUCAAAGUGUUCAAUUCCUACAUAGGUUUUUGCACAUUGUGAGUACUAAAGUGUAUCAGGUGAUUUGUGACGCUUGCAGUCUGUAUUCAUAAUGUUUUAAAAUAUAACUGUGAUGCCUUACAAUGCUUCAUGAAAAACUUCAAGCCAAGUGUUGCCGCAAACUCUUCAGUGUACCCUUCUUUCGCCAUGGUCUUACUCAGUUAUCCCAUGCAAGAGGAUUUGCACUUUUACAUAGAAACCUAUUUAAGUUAUUUUGAAAUUUGCAGAUGUUAUGGGAAAAAAUGUUUGAUGUACAGGUUGUGUAAAUGGAUGUGUAUAACUGUCAAUGUUUAACAAUUUCUUUUUGAGUUCAACUGUAAAUGACGUCUAAAUUUCCUUUCAUGCCUUCUUGAUUCUCCCUACUUUUUGAAUAAACGUCCCAGUAAC